UCGGGGAAAGUUUCACGCCCCAUUUUACUCUAUCGGAUUCAAUUAUUAUUAUUGACAAAUCGACAAAACUUCUAUUGUGCUUCAAAACGUAUAUCACAUUUCACAAAUAUUUGCCAUGAGUGUUAAUUCUAUCUUAGAUUACCUUGGAAGUACCGGUCACAGUACGCGGGAUGUGGUGUCAAUCGUGUUGGCGGAGUUCUGCGGCACCGCAUUGCUAAUGUUCUUGGGCUGCAUGUGCACUGUAACCGGCUUCGGAAAUGAACCCAACAACGUGUCCAGUGGUCUCGGGUUCGGCCUCACAGUGAUGAUGGUCAUCAUCAUAUUCGGACACGUGUCCGGUGCGCACAUCAACCCUAGCGUGUCGAUCGCCGCGCUCGUGUAUGGGCUGUUGAAUGUCCCGAUGUUGAUCCUGUACCUGAUCGCGCAAUUCCUGGGAGGUCUUUGCGGUUACGGCAUUCUGAUGGCCGUCACCCCAAUGCAGUACUUCGUCAACGCAUUAGACACCGGGAAUGGAGCAUGCACCACCGCCCCACAUGACGACAUGGCUUUACUGCAAACAUUUGGGUUGGAGUUUUUCAUCACUGGUAUCUUGGUGUGGACGUGCUGCGGUUUGUGGGAUCCUCGCAAUCGAAAAAUGGAAGAAGCCAAUCCGCUUAAGUUCGCGCUGAUCAUUACCGGCAUAUCGAUUGCUGGGGGACCUUACACGGGGGCAAGUAUGAACCCGGCCAGAACCCUGCCUCCGGCAGUGUGGAAUGGAAGCUACAAAGCUCUAUGGGUGUACUUCGUUGCUCCACCUUUGGCAGGAUUGGUAAUGCCCCUCAUUUAUAAGUAUGUCUUCCGGCGCGAAGUUCCACAAGACGAACAAACGAUUGAACUGACAAAGGCUGCGAAUGAGCCGAACGACAUCGGUGAGAAGAAUAGAUUCUAACGACUAAAAUGUUUUCAAGGGUUCAAAAGGAAUUAGUGUUAUUUAUUAAUAGAGUCCUUUUUGGCAACUGAACAAGCUUCCAUCGAAGAAAACUUUAUUUUUGUGUUCUUAUCUGCUUUUGAAAUUCAAAACCAAACACAAAAUAAGUGUUUAAUCAUAAGCUAUAUAAUUAAACUAUAAUACAAGCUAUUCAAACAUGCCACCGAAUAUGGUUUCGUCAACUUUACUAGAUAAAUCUUAAAAAUUGUGAAAAUUUGUAAGCAGGUAAAUAAUGAAAAGAACUUUUUUUCUGAUAAAUCAAGUACAUUUGUCAAAGAACAAUUAAAUCUUACAGGGUGUAUCAUAAGUAAUUAUUUUAGUUUGUUGGAUGUUUGCUAAUAUUAGGUUAGUUUGUUAAGUGCCGUGAUAUACUAGGAUAAGCUAUUCUUGAUGAUAUUCUUGGGAAGAGAUUACAAUUUAUAGCUUUUGAAGCUUUCAACUGCUGAUAAAUAUAUUGCAUGAUUUAUAAUGCAGGGUUCUUAAUAACUGUACAAAUGAAAAUAUGUAUAUUAUAAAGCAAAUUAUACAAAUUACGUGAAAUUAAAA